AUGUUGGAGAUCAUGUUCGAAAAUAUCCGAAGGUUGCCGAAACUAGCCGAAAGUUAUCACCUAUAUUUCGCAGCGCGUUUAACGUCAGUUUUACUGUUGCUGGUGAUUACUGGCGCUAUUCUGAUUUUGUGAGUAGUUGCUGCUCAGGUCGAGUAAUUGUGUAGUUCAACAACGAAAAUAUGGCGAGUGCGUUAGGUGCAGUAGGUUGGGAAGACUUGAGAAAGCAGGCAAGACAUUUGGAAAAUGAAAUCGAUGCAAAGCUCGUAGCUUUCAGUAAGUUGGGUGUAAACACUGGUCAAGGUCAUGCUAGUUCAGAAACAGUACCUCUCUUGGACGAGGAACAUGUCUUUGAAAAUAUGGCUUCAGAAAUUGAGGCUUUACUUGCUAAACUUACAACGAUAAAUGAUGGUAUGAGUGAAGUAAAACCAAGUGGAGCAGCCAUGCUACACACGAUGCAACGUCAUAGAGAAAUACUGAAAGAUUACAAGCUUGAGUUUAACAAGACACAAAAUAACUUCACAGCUAGAAAAGACAGAGAGGACCUUUUGGGCAGUGUUCGCAAGGAAAUUGAUAGCUACAAGAGUGCCAGUGGCCUAAACAGAAGAGACAUGUAUUUAAAGGAAAGUCAGCAUAUUCACAAUUCCGAUCGUCUGAUCAAUGACCAGAUAAGCAUAGCCGUAGAAACAAGAGAUCAUCUUAUGUCACAACGUCAAGCAUUUAAGAGAAUUCAGACGCGUUUUAAUGACAUAUCGAACAGAUUUCCAGCAGUAAACAGUCUACUGCAAAGGAUAAACUUACGAAAGCGAAGAGAUUCUUUGAUAAUCGGCCUUCUCGUCGGAUUUUGCACGUUUCUCUUGUUGCUGUACGCUUUCCAUUAAUAUUUCAUAUUCAAUUUGAAUGCUGUCAGCAUAAACAAACUUUUCUGAAGAAAGUGCCCAGUUACUUUCAGUUAUACUAAAAACCAAGGCAGGCGCAAAGUGAUUGAUAUAGAGAUAUAAAUCACACAAUGAGUAAGCGUACAUAGGACUGGCACAGGGGAACAGAAAUCAUACGUACAGAUA